AUGAACUCUUACGUUUCGGUCAGUUGUGAUGAGCUCACGGAUGCUCAGAAAAAGAAGUUUCUAAAGACAUUGAAAGUAUCGUUUACUGCUUCUCAAGUUAAAAGCUCUUCAAAGAAAUUAGCACUUCACCCGGAAAAUGCGAAAAAAUGGAAAAAGGCUGCUCAAGCUGGCAAAGGAGUUUCAAUUGUGUUUUCACCAGGUGAAAUUGCUGCAUCGCUAAAUAUGGACGGAGACGCUCUUACGGGGUCUGGAAUGAGUGGAGGUUCGUUAUGGAGUUGGAUCAAAGAUAAAGCGUGGCCAUGGCUACAAGAAAAUGUUUGGCCUGUAGUUAAACCACUGGUAUCUGGUGUUGUUGAUCAAGGCGCUCAAGCUCUUGGAGCCUAUACGGGACAGCCAGGAUUAGUGAAUGCUGUUCGGGGUGAAGUAAAGAAUCUUACUGGGGUUGGUGUCUGUAAAAAAGGAUCGCCUGAGAUGAAAGCUAAGAUGGCUAAACUACGCUCAAUGCGAAAGACUGGAGGAUCUUUCAGAUUAUCAUAA